GGUUUCUUCUCUCUCCUCGCCCGAGAACUUUCGCGGCUUCUUCGCUUCUGAAAACACUCCGGGCACACGCGCCACCGUAAAAGUCAUAGAGGAGACUUAGGAAAGGAGAAAUUUUCGUUCUUUUUGGAUUGCUGUCGUAGAUGGUUACGGGUGUGGCCUCCGCCAUGGCGGAACGGUUAAAGGAAGACGGAAACAAUUGCUUUAAGAAAGAACGUUUUGGCGCUGCCAUUGACGCUUAUACCGAGGCAAUCGCUUUGUCUCCAAAUGUUCCUACUUAUUGGACAAAUCGAGCACUUUGCCACAUGAAGCGAAAGGAUUGGACAAAGGUCGAGGAGGAUUGUCGCAAGGCUAUUCAGCUAGUCCACAAUUCUGUCAAGGCCCACUACAUGCUAGGGCUUGCAUUAUUGGAGAAGAAAGAAUAUACAAGUGGAGUUAAAGAGUUGCAAAGGGCUUUAGAUCUUGGAAGAGGUGCGAAUCCGACGGGAUAUAUGGUAGAAGAAAUAUGGGAAGAGCUUUCUAAAGCAAAAUACAUGGAGUGGGAACUGCUUUCUGCGAGGCGCUCGUGGGAAUUGAGUAGUUUGAAGGAAGCUUGUCAGGCUGCUCUAAAUGAACAACGUGCUUUAGAUAUGUCUAGGACAGAAGAGUCCUCUCACGAAGACUACAUUGCCCAUACUGACCGUUUGAAGUCUCUUGAACGAGUGUUUGAGAAAGCUGCAGAAGAAGAUAAACCAACUGAGGUGCCAGAUUAUUUGUGCUGCAACAUAACUCUUGAGAUUUUCCGAGAUCCUGUAAUUUCUCCAAGUGGGGUUACAUAUGAAAGAGCAGCAAUCCUUGAACAUCUCAUGAAGGUGGGGAAGUUUGAUCCUAUUACGCGUGAAAAGAUCGACCCGUCCAAGCUUGUUCCAAAUCUGGCUAUCAAAGAGGCAGUGGCUGCGUAUUUGGAAAAACAUGUAUGGGCUUACAAGAUGGGUUGUUGAUUCAAAUGAGGAUUUACAUACACAGUGAAUGAGAAUGAGGUUAGCUACUCAGGUGAAAGAAGAAAAGAGAUGGGUGCGUUUACAUUUUCACUUUUGUGAUUUUCGACUGAUGUGUUAAGUGUAAGAUUCUCUGACAUGUAUAUAUACAAUGUUUUUUUGUUUGUGCACGCAUUGGCCAUUUGGCUUAGCCUAUAGCACACACACAUACAGACAUUUUUUAGCAUUGAAGAAAGUUCUGUCCAAAAUCCUAAUGUAGUUAUGAAUUUGGUCACCUUUAGCUAUGAAUUUCAGCUAUAAGAUGGAGAACCAUCUUGUUUA